UAGGGUUGAAUCCUUGAAAGGGUUUCAACUCAGAUAACGAGAAUAAUGGCUCGUAGGGACGAUGGACGAUGAUUAUAGAUUUCUUCCGAUAGUUGACGCCAUUUCCGCCAUCAAUCAAAAAGUUAACCUUGUUGGUGUCGUUUUAGAAACAAGUAUUCAUCCUCCUCAGUUCAAGGGCACCGAUUGUUUUUGCACUGUCAAGAUAAUAGACGAAUCAUAUUCUUCUCCUGGGCUACUUGUCAACUGCUUUGGAGAAAAUAUGGAAAAACUCCCCUCUGUGCACUCAGCUGGAGACAUAAUACUCUUCUCUCGUGUUAUGAUAAAAUCUCACUGUGGAGACGUUAAUGCUGUUUUCAACAAAAAGUUCUCCUCAUUUGCCAUAUUUGAGGGAAAACACGGCACUCAGUUUCUACCCUAUCAGGCAUCAGCAAACUUUCAUCCAAGAGACGAGGAUAAUAAGUUUUUGGACUGCCUAAGGAAGUGGAAAGAAAAUGAAAUUGAAAAGCUGCCACCUUUACAGCUAGAACUAUUUCCCUUGCCAAGAGACGUUCUGCUUAAAUUCCCAACCAUUGAUAUCAUAUUGAAGGUGGUGAUGGAAAACGAAAAUCAAGGUCUUCAAUUACUAAACUGUGAGAUGGGUGAAAUUGAUAAAUGUAAAUGUGAACAGCAUGUUGGACACUGGCGGUGUAUGUUAAUGCCUUCAGUAUCUGUCAGACACCGAAAACUCAUAUCUGAAUCACAAAGGAACUAUGAAAAGCGGUUAACCUUAAAACGGCGUCGAGAACCAUUUUCUGGCCACUUGCCUCCCUCUUCAAUAAUGGAAAUGGAUAAAAAUGACCCUAGAGGAUGCAACUGCCAGAAUCCAUGCAUUUUUAUUUGCAGAAAAUUCGAAGUAUUUUUUUCGAGAGUUAUCCUUCUUGACGAGUCAUUGAAAACAACUAGGAAUGCUUUGCUUGGAGUGAUGACUCCAAGUGGGAGGAGCAAUGAAGAACAACAAUGCGUCCGCAGGAAACCUCCGUGGGUGCAGUUUUGUUUAAAAUCGUAUUAUACCGAUAAAAAUGACAAGUGGGGAACCAACAAAGGCAACCUGUCAUUAUUGAAGAGAGAGGCAAGUGGCCAGAAAAUUGCUCUCGACGUCGUUUUAAGAUACUGAAGUUUGCUAGGACAUACACCGCCAGAGUCCAACAUGCUGUUCACAUGUAACAUUUAUCAAUUUCACCCAUCUGUCACAGUUUAGUAAUUGAAGACCUUGAUUAUUGUUUUCCAUCACCACCCUCAAUAUGGUACCAAUGGUUGGAAAGUUAAGUAGAACGUCUCUUGGCAAAGGAAAUGGUUCCAACUGUAAAUGUGACAACUUUUCAAUUUCAUUUUUUUUCCUGUUUUUUUUUACAAAUGAAGCACUUAUGAAAAUAUAGAUUUUUAUUACUAGUUGGUAAGAAAAAAGACUGAACUAUUUUCCACUGUACGACGACAAAUAUUUUGGGAGAUUAAAUAUAAAUCAAAUGCCUCAAUUAUUUUGGGGAGGUUUUUCC